AUGCAGAGUUACCAGUUGGUAGCUGCUUUCAUAUCCGGUAACCGCAUCCGCACACAAGAACGGCCGGAUUGGAAAUCCGUGAAAAUGCAUGUGUUCCUACCGGACACACGAAGCCCGUACGUCGCCCUACGUGGCCCCACGGGCAGUUCCAGCCGGGGUUUGGCCGAUCAAUCUGCAACCUCGCCGACCAAACCGCUGCUGGACGCAACCCCCAAACGCGGCAGGCAAGUGAUGAGAUCUGGCCAAGACCGGGAAGAGGGGGAAGAGGAGGGAAGAGGGGGCCGCCUGCGCAUCGCUCAUGACGACGACGACGACGACGACACAAUUUGGCCAGUCAACCCGGCAUCAGCCAGAAUAAUGCAAGCCCGCCGAAUGCCGCAACACUCCGGUGCGCUCUGCAGGCCCUGGUCUCUCCCAUCCGUGCAUGAGUAG